UAUUUCCACAGGAUUCAUAAAAUAAUCACGAGGAAACAUUUUCGAUUGCUAGUAGUUUUAAUUCUGAAUGAAAAACAUUAAGUGCAAAUUCUCUAUGGGACCCGAAGAAGCGGAAGGAAAUGUUACCCGACGAGUUUUCAUUAAAAUUCAACAAGAGGCAGGCUCCGUGAGAGGUUAGAUUAUUGGCCGGCAGGCGCGUGGACACACACACACACACACACACACACACACACACACACACACACACUUCACAGCUGGUGUGCCUUCCUCCAGCAGAGACUGACAGAAGCGGGGCGACCGCUCUAAGCUGCGAGCGCUCAUCUCUCUCCUCCACCAGCGCGUCUUUUACUGUUGACAUAAAAACUUUGAAGAGGUGAGAGGCGAAACGUCAAACCGCCGACAAAUCACCGUUGACAGCGCGCAUCAACUAAGAUAAAGGGGGGAAAGAAAAAAGAACCAUCAAGUCCGAGAAAAGCGGUGGAGCCGGGAGAAAGAGGGAGCUAUGCCAUCUCCCGUUGAUCAGAGCCCAGUCCUCCUCUGUUGUGUGUCGGAGCUGCAGCAUGGUGUCUCUCUCUGGACUCUGGACCUACUGCCUCGCCCCUGGGAGACCUCAUCUCCUUUUCCUCUCUGCCCGACCGCUCCUGCUGCUUCUUUUAUUAACAGUCUUCACCUCCCCGGAGCCGUGCCUCCCGCACCCACAGCCUUGCCAUAUCCUCGCCCGGAUAGGACACACCGUGCGCCUCGGCGCGCUCUUGCCGACCCGCCAGCCGGCACGGAUACAAAACGCGCUCAACCGCGCCCUGGCUAGCCUCAGGCACCAGAGCGGAGGGGCAGACUCCUCCACGACAACCUCCCAAACACCUCCUCUGCUGCCCUACAACCUGAGCCUGGAGAUGGUGGCUCGAUCGCCCGCGGGAGGGGACCCGGAGUCCUUGUCCCGUAGCGCCUGCCAGGACCUGGUGGUCAGAGGGGUGUCUGCUGUGCUUGCCUUUCCCCGCUCCAGGGAGGAGCUGAUCCAGGUGGAGUUCCUCUCAUCUUUCCUGGAAAUCCCCUUCAUUUCCAUCUUGGAGGACACCGAACCUCUUGUGACUAAGAACCGAUUCCACCUGCAGAUGUCGGCCCGUGUGCCUCCAUCAACCCUGGGCAGCCUCCUGUUGGCGGUCCUGCAGGGGAAAGAAGGGGACAGGGACAGAGGAAGCCGAGGGGAAGGCAGCUGGGGAGGAGCAGCUGUGAUCUGCCCUGGGUGGGAGGAAGGGGGUGACGGGUUGCUGUCUCACCUUCAGGCCCACAGUGGUUCUACCUGGCAUUUGUGGGAUGUAAUCAACCUGACCCGCAUCUCCGGGGGCGGGGAGAGAAGAGGGGAGACCAGCGAGGAGAGAAGGGAGGAUCAGAGGGAAGAGGAGGCUUUGAAGAUCCUAUCCACUCGUUUCCUGCGCUCCCCCUCUCCAAUCUCCUCUGUUCUCCUCCUGGGUUCUGACCCCGAAUGUGUCUCCUCCGUCCUGCGGGCCGCUCAGCGCCUCGCUCCAUCACUUCCAGCACUGCAGUGGAUCAUGGGAUAUCCCUUGUCUCCAGAUUCGCUCCACACUCUUGGAGGUCCCCUUGGACUGUUAGCCUACGGGGAGGUCGGCCGUAAGCCAAUCAGCUUCUACAUCCGUGAUGCUUUGCAGUUGAUAGCCCGUGCAGUCACUGCAGCCACACUGGUGAGGCCGGACUUGGCACUCAUUCAAAACAUGGUGAACUGUUACGACAAACCAAACCGACAUGAGCUUCCCUCUUCAGGACAAUAUCUGACCAGGUUUCUCUCAAACACUUCCUUCACCGGGGCCACAGGCCUAAUCCAGGUGGAUGCUGGCCUCUCUCGGGUCUUAUCCUCCCAGCUGUUCCACGUAUGGAGCCUGAAGAGGGGUGCUCUUGGCCAGCCGGCCUGGGUGACUGUAGGCCAGUGGACCCGAGGCAGGCUGGAGUUAGAAGGGGGGAUCCUAGGACUGGUGGGAGGGUUCAGGAGCAGCCAGGGACAAGGACUUGGAGCUGGGGUGAGGGGAGGGGACGGCCAGGGUGACAAUAACGCUGGAGGACGCUGGAGGCCAGGACUUUCUGUUGAGGGACACCGCCUCAGGGUGGUGACACUGGUGGAACACCCAUUUGUCUUCACACGGGAGGUGGAUGAGGAUGGCUUGUGCCCAGCUGGUCAGCUCUGUCUGGACCCCAGAACCAACCGGUCCGACCUAAUCCAGGCCCUCUUCAACCAGCUGCACAAUCCAAACAGUACAGCUACAGAAUGGGAGGGCAGCGACCUACCAGAGGACCUGAGGAAGUGCUGCUACGGGUACUGCAUUGACUUUUUGGAGAAACUGGCAGAGGACAUGGGCUUUACCUUUGACCUUUACAUUGUGGGAGACGGGAAGUACGGAGCACUGAGCGGGACAGGACGCUGGACAGGUCUGGUCGGGGACCUGCUGAGCGGAACCGCUGACAUGGCUGUCACCUCUUUCUCCAUCAACUCUGCCAGGAGCAGAGUCAUCGAUUUCACCUCGCCCUUCUACUCCACCAGCCUGGGCAUUCUGGUACGUAGCAGGGACACCGCAGCCCCCAUUGGAGCCUUCAUGUGGCCUCUCCACUGGUCCAUGUGGGUGGGUAUUUUUGUCACGCUGCAUCUCACCGCACUCUUCCUCACCUUGUACGAGUGGAACAGCCCCUUCGGUAUGACACCCCACGGCAGGAACAGGCUGCGUGUGUUCUCCUACUCCUCCGCCCUCAAUCUCUGCUACGCCAUACUGUUUGGACGGACUGUCGCCACCAAGACUCCUAAAUGCUGGACCGGACGCUUCCUGAUGAACCUUUGGGCCAUCUUCUGCUUACUGGUGCUGUCCAGCUACACCGCCAACCUAGCUGCAGUCAUGGUCGGGGAGAAGACCUUCGAACAGGUCUCAGGAAUACAUGAUGACAAGCUGCACCAUCCCUCCAUGGGCUUCCGUUUUGGUACGGUGAGGGAGAGCAGUGCGGAGGAUUACAUGAAGAAGAGCUUCCCAGAGAUGCACGACUACAUGAGACGCUACAAUCAGCCAACCACCCCAGAAGGCGUACACAUGUUAAAGACAGAUCCUCCUGCCCUGGAUGCAUUCAUCAUGGACAAAGCCCUGUUGGACUUUGAGGUCUCUAUCGACGCAGACUGCAAACUGCUCACUGUGGGGAAGCCUUUUGCCAUUGAAGGCUACGGUAUAGGCCUGCCCCAGGGCUCUCCUCUAACCCGUAAUGUGUCAGAGUUUGUGAGUCGCUACAAGUCUGACGGCUUCAUGGACAUGCUACAUGACAAAUGGUAUAAGGUUGUGCCCUGCGGGAAGCGAGUCUUUGCAGUCACUGAGACUCUACAGAUGGGGAUCCAGCAUUUUUCAGGCCUGUUUGUGCUUCUGUGUAUGGGGGUGGGUGGAGCCUUGCUGACCUUGGCAGGUGAACACACCUUCUAUCACCUGGUCAUCCCCCGCCUCCGCCGCACGCACACACUGCAGUACUGGCUGCACACCAGCCAGAAAAUUCACAGAGCCCUCCAUACCACAUAUGAGGACGUUGGGAAGGAGCUGACUGGCCUCGACGAAAACCCCUCCUCUUGUAUCUCAGAGAACUGCACCCUACACAGGAAACAGCAUCCUCCUCCUCCCCCAUCUCCCCCCACCUCCCUCAAUGCUUCCACUACUGCUGGGGACACAGGCAACUCCUCACCCUCCCAUGAGCCCAAGGAGAAACGUGUGCACUUUGACCUGGAAACCCUCCACAGCUACCGCCUGCGCACACACACCGCCUCAGUGCGCGGCAGGCCCGGUAUGGUCGGCCGACCUGGGCUCGGCCUAGGUGGGUUUGGGUUGGGCACCCUCGGGGGUUUUGCCUCCCCUCCACAGAUUAGCCUCCAUGCCAACGGAGGCCCCGUUUCUACACUGGCCUCCACAGGCUUGGUGCUCUCCCCGCUGGGAAGCAGGGUUGCUCAGACCAGCAUGUGGGAGGGAGAGCUCCAGGACCUGCAGGGGAAGAUCGAGACGUUCCGCACCCAGCUGAGAGAGGCUCUGGCCAGGAGAGCGGAGAUCCAGAGCAGCCUGGAGAGAGAGAGAAGUGGACUUGUACGCAGGGAUACCAGUCUGGAGAGGGAAAGAGACAGACAGAGGAUACAAACUAUUAACACAGACAGAAGUAGCUCCACUCAGCCCAAACUGCCUGAGAGAGACAGGACCAGCCAACUCCAAACCCUGAAUAAUCAACAGACAGGGAGGGUUAAUCAAUCAGGAGGUCCUGUGACUCUGGAGCAUGUGAGAAGCAGCCAGUUAAACACAGUUAACAGUUUGGACAGAGGGAGAGCCAACCAGUUACGCUCUGUUAACCCUUUGACGGGAGAAAGGACUGUCCAAUCACGCACUUCCACCAGUUUGGAGCGAAAUCGAGUCAACCAACCAGGUGCUGGAAAUAUAACUGUCCAAUCACGGAACACUUCUAGCCUGGACAGACAGAAGGCUAACCUAUCGAGCACUCUGAACACUUUGGAGAGGACAAAAGCCAACCAAUCAAGUGUAAGCAGUGGGACUUGAUUGUCUUUCUGAAGCUUCUGAUGUGUAGGAUUGCAGAGGGAGGAGAACAGUUGGUGGUUGCAUAGCCGUGGGAAGAUUGUUGGAGUGGGUUAUGUUUAGAGGGCGCUUGCUGAAAAAUUACAAUAUAUGUUAACUCACACCAUUACUUACUGCAACCUAAUAAUUUUAAUACUCCCAGGCUCGCUUAAAAAGGACAACUAAAAACCUUUAACUGCAAUUUAAGAACUAGUUAAAUGUCUGCAUUAUCCAUAAAAUCAUAAUUAAGCAAAGUAAUCUUGUGGAAUGAAAGCAAAUAUGAUUUCAGUAAAAUCUCAAUAUACUUUCAUAAGAACCAGAUCAGGCAAUGCUAAAAUCACAGUGCUAAUUGAGCAGACCAGUGGUUCACAGGAGGAACCAUCAGCCACAGCUGUCUGACAAACACAAGGCAAUCAACUGAAUAAAAUACGGUUAGUUACACAGGCCUGCAAGAGCACAGAAAAAUCAAAGUUAGCUCACUGUGAAAAAAUAACAACAAAAACUAUGUGAAAAUGCACAUGCAACAUCCGUAUUAACUGUGCCAGCAGCAGGAGGUAAAGAUGCAAAAAAAAUCAAUAUAUUUUAGGUAAUUUAAGUAAUAAUUUCCCUAAAAUGUGAAUGAUAAAGAAAGGAAGGAAACUGAACAAUGUGUGGUACAGCCUUGAAUCAAUGUACCUUAAGAUGGAAUUUAAAAAACAAAAAAAACUUUUGUGUAUUGAAACCUUGUAUUCUUCUCUGUAUUGUCCCGACAUGUCCGCUGUGUCAAAACGUAUUUUUGUAGCAAAAUCUCACCCUUGUAAAAUGUGUGAAAACUGAAAAUGUGUCUUGCAAACUGAGCCAUCCCCAAACAGACGCUUUGAGAUGGUAAUUUUCCUCUGUGACAUGAUGGGCUCCAUAUAAAAAAGGCAGGAUGCUAAGCCAGGAAAAUUCCUCUGAAUGGAAAAACUGUCUGCGGUGGAAUUGAUUCAAGUCAUUUGGACCCAAAUACAUACCUCCAGCCCAUUUUAUGGCUGCUAGGUUUAGGUCAAGGUAGCAUACCAUUUAAAUAGUUCUGUCCUCAUUGAUAACUUGUGUGUGUCACUGUUGAUACACUGUCUGUUGUUAAUGUUAACUAGUCAUAAGGGGUUUUACUCAGUCUGUGAAAGCAGUAGUACAGUGGGUGUAGUACAAAAGUCUGAGAAAAUAACUCCUGAUGACAUUUAUUUGGAGAUUACGCAACUUUCUAAGAACUCUUUUCCUAAUCAUAACGGUGGUUUAACCCUCCUCCACAUCAAUUCUAAUAAAAAGAUGCUAUUGGUAAAUUUAGAAUCCAGCGUUUUGAAAGUUUUACCCAUACUAAAGGCUGAAAGUCAGGUUCUUGGCCUCUGCUGCUUCAGUUUUUAUAAUCCCUUUUUUACGAUAUGUCUCUUGUGAGUCCUCCGACUUUAUUAAAGUGCAAUACUAAAUCACUGCAGCACCCCUUUAAUUAAAUCGUUUUUUCUUUUUUUUUAGAGUAAACGUGGCUGAACCAUCCCAUUACUUGCAAGGCUACCUUAACAUUAAAUGUGACCAUCACUAGCUGCAGCAGCAUGAAUCAGAGCUGUAUAUUUUGUUGUGAGUGCUCAAAAUUGCAGCAUAAUUUCAAAGCAAGGUGGUUCUUCAUAUGUCCUUCUGACUGUUGGUCAUAAUUUAACAGCCCAACGUAGUGUUUAUAUGAGACAUGCAAUACUACAGAACAAAAUUACAAUCUCAAAGUCAUUUCACAGAACCUUUAAUUAUCUAAUCAACCCAAAAACAGCUUAAAACAGUAGCAUAUCUGCUUGGAUUGUGGCUCCAGCCUGCAAACAAACGGUAUCAAUUUGGAAUGAAUUUGCUCACCAUAUUCAUUACUGAAGGAACUUAUCAAGAGUCUGGCAGUAUUCUCGUGCUCAGUGACUGUAUUGCGCAUGAAUUCACACAGAAAGGAAAAAUUCAAUUUCACUCCCUGCAGAGCUGAUUGAGCUCUGAUAAGUGAGACCUCAUGCUGUUUUUGUUUGUUUAAUCAUUAUUAAUCAUUAAAAUAGAUGUACUCUUUUACCCUGUUUGCACUCAGAUAAAGCAUAAUAUUUUUUUUGUUUUCAACUAAAACAAAGGGAACUAAGUUUCAUGCCUCAUGCCAAUAAUGUGGAAUGAUGAAGAGAGAGGCUGACUGGAUUAGCAUUCUCAUUCAACCACCAGAGGAAGCUGCAUUCCUGCUUCCCACGGCUAUGGACAAUGGGGAGUUUAUGGAUUGAGGUUUUAAGCAAUUGACUUAUGAAGAAACGGUGACAGAUGGAAGCUGCAUUUUGUUCUGUUGUUCUCAUGCAGCAGCAGAGGUCCUGGGGAAAGACAGCCGAUAUGAAAUGACUCCAGCACUAUACAAUGCAAUGUUACCUAUUAGUAUUGUGAUACUCAAUCUUGUGUGAGUCUCUCAACAAUUUAAACAGGUGUUUGGAAUUUCACUGGCCCACAGGUCUGAGACACAGACACUGAUAUUACUGAAACAGAACUUUUUGAUGGUACUGAUGUACAUUUAAACGUUUCAAACUUUACUGUGCUGUGAAGUGGUUGUGUUCACAUGCCAUGGUGUCUAUGAGGAAAAAAUAUAUUUUAAGUCUUUAAUGAGAAAGAGCUUGUGGUACUGGAUAUUUAAACAAAUACUUUUAAAUUUACCCCUUAUAAAAAUUGUAUCAGCAUAUUAUUGAAUUUUAUCAUAAUGACCAUUCUCAUGUUUUGAAAUAAACAUUUAUAUACUUA